AUGAAAGAUAAACCAGAAGUUGAACAUAUUUCACCUUAUUCAUCUGAAUCAAACACACUGAAAAGUCAAGUACAUCAUCAUGAUAUUAACUUAUAUAAUGAGAAGCCGGACUUAUCAUUACCUUCAAUAAAAAAUUACUUUGCUACUAGAAUUUCAACAUUAUUAGAUUUUCCAAUUUAUCAUGAGACAAGAAGAUGGUAUGAAAUUGUGAAUCCAAUCCCUGGGUUAAAAGAGAUGACUCCUUACCAUUGGAACCAGUACUUUAUGGGAUGGGCACUUUGGGUUUUGGAUAGUUUCGAUUUUUUUUGUGUUUCCGUUUUUGCAACGGAUAUUGCAGCUACAUUGAAGGUUUCAGUCUAUGAAAUUACAUGGGGUAUGACGUUAGUCUUAAUGCUUCGAUCAGUUGGUGCUAUUAUCUUUGGCUCAUUGUCUGAUAAAAUUGGUAGAAAAUAUCCUUAUAUUAUUUUAUGUUUAUUAUUUAUUAUAAUUGAAACUUGCACAGGAAUAGUCAAAACUUAUCAACAAUUCCUAGCUGUUAGAGCACUAUUCGGGAUCUGCAUGGGCGGUGCAUACCUGGUAUCAGUCAUUACAUCAAUGGAAGGUCAAUUUUUGAGAGCAAGAGCUACUUUGUCAGGUUUAUUUUUGCCUGGUUAUUCAGUUGGUUAUAUGUUUGCAAUGAUUUUUGCAAGAGCUUUUUCUGGCACAUACAAAAAGGGAGAAUCUUGGAGGUCCUUAUUUUGGUUCUCUGCUGGAUUGAGUGUUCUACUAGUUAUUUGGAGGUUCUGUUCACCUGAGACUAGAGAAUUUUUAAGAAUUAAGAAAAGAAAAUUAAAGUUGAAACAAAAAAAUUUAAAUGGCACUACCAAUCAAAAUAUGUUUCAGAAAUUGGCAAAUGCAAGUAUCUUCAAGACCCUCAAAACUGACUAUCUUGUUUUUUCGUAUUUGGUGAUAAUGUAUGCUUUAUUCAAUUUCACAACUCAGGCCUCUCAGGACCUAUAUGUUACUUUAUUAACAGUACAAUAUAAAAUGAGUUUAGAUAUUGAAACAGUGGUUAUUGUGUUACAAGGAAUUGCUGCAGUUAUUGGAGGCUUAAUUUGUGGUCCUUGUUCAGAGCUUGUUGGCCGUAGGUUCAUGCAUGUGAACAAUUUGGUGCUCACUGAAACUUGUUGCAUGUUUUGUUUCGCCAGUCUUAUAAGAUUUAAAUUUCGCAAAAAAUCUACAAGCUAUUUUCUAUUAAAUUUAUUAAGUAUUAACUAUUAA